CAUUCCAAUACAAUUUUGACAAAAACGUUAAGCGCGUUUUGUUUAUUCUUGUUUUGUAUUUGGGCUAGUUUAGUUCUUUAAGUAAUUAAUUUAACUAAAUGAGAAAUAGUUUAAGCGGUGGUAUUUGUGAUAUGCGAAACUAAUUUAUAACCAAAAAUGGCUGACGAUGUAAUCAAGCACUCCGUACAUACGCUUGUGUUCAGAUCGUUAAAAAGAUCUCAUGAUAUGUUUUUGUCUAACCAAAGCUUACUGCCGCCAAUCGAUGAAAAAGCAGAGAAAAUUUUGAAAAAUGUAAAAGCUCGAGACAGCUAUGGUCAGGUGAUGUCUGCAGUGGAGCAAGCACAAGCACAAAAACAACAGCAAGUCCUCAGCCGACCUGAAACACCACAUGACACAGAUAUGGCGGAAUCCGCAGCACUGGGUUCAGAUGGUGCCAUGCUACCUUACAACCCAGGCUCAAUGACAGCCCCGGCUGCUCCCGGGUCUCAGGGACUCCUGGGGACAGGUGCUGCAGCCAUAGUUCCACGCAGACCGCCCACAGCACCCAGACCAAAGUGGCAUGCACCAUGGAAGCUGUUCAGAGUGAUAUCGGGACAUUUAGGUUGGGUGAGAUGUGUUGCAGUUGAGCCAGGAAAUGAAUGGUUUGCUACAGGUGCUGCAGACAGAGUUAUAAAAAUUUGGGAUUUAGCGACUGGCAAAUUGAAAGUGUCUCUUACAGGACAUGUCAGUACAGUAAGAGGUCUGGAAGUAUCACCAAGACAUCCAUACCUGUUCAGUUGUGGUGAGGACAGACAAGUUAAAUGCUGGGAUUUGGAAUAUAAUAAAGUGAUCCGUCACUACCACGGGCACCUGUCGGCGGUGUACGCGCUGGGGCUGCACCCCACCAUCGACGUGCUGGUGUCGGCGGGCCGCGACGCCACCGCGCGCGUCUGGGACGUGCGCACCAAGGCCAACGUGCACACGCUCUCCGGACACACCGACACUGUGGCCGCGCUCGCCUGCCAGGCCGCGGAGCCCCAGAUAAUAACCGGCUCACAUGACUCCACCAUACGUUUAUGGGACCUCGCAGCGGGGAAAUCAAUGUGCACACUCACUAAUCACAAGAAAUCUGUGCGUUCUGUCGUCGUACAUCCCACACAGUACACGUUCGCGUCCGCCUCCCCGGACAAUAUCAAACAAUGGAAGUGUCCGGAAGGCAAGUUCAUACAGAACCUGUCCGGACACAACGCGAUAGUGAACUGCAUGGCUGUCAACUCCGAGGGGGUGCUGGUCAGCGGUGGGGACAACGGCACCAUGUUCCUGUGGGACUGGAGGACGGGGUACAACUUCCAGCGGUUACAGGCUCCAGUACAACCCGGGUCGAUGGACUCAGAGGCGGGCAUAUUCUCGAUGACAUUCGACCAGUCGGGUUCCCGACUGAUCACCACGGAGGCAGACAAGACCAUCAAGAUAUACAAGGAGGACGACACCGCCUCCGAGGAGACGCAUCCCGUCAACUGGAGACCGGAUAUACUGAAGAGGAGGAAGUUUUAAAUACUGAUAAAGUUUUCUGACGAAA